CCUAUAAGUACAUUGUGGGAGGCGGAUGGUUACAUUAGUUAUUCUUCUCACUUCUGCUCAUCGCUUGAAAUGCAUGUAGGUGAAGAGUCUGCAGUGCAUUCUCCCGGCUACAGUGGCGCAGGCUUUCACAUCUACUCUCCUCAUCUUCCUCCGGUCUCUCGUGUUUGGAAACCGAGCUCUGUCGACAUGCACGCGCUCUCGUCGACAGAGACCGAGAUGUCUGUGUGCGCAAAAGUGAGCUUUUAUUCUCUUUUAGUCAAAUGAACCUGACCGCGCCGGCCAAUGUAGCCGUCUGCUGCUCACUUCUGUCCGUCAGGCGCAAUGUGUUUGCGGGAUUGUUUUCUGCUUUAAUACAUUUACGUUACCCUCGGAUUGGCGAAAGCAUCUACACAUCAGUCGGAUCAAAGAAGAGAUUCGGCUCUUUUUCCUCCGAGAGUCGGGGAUAAUAUGUCCAGACGCAAACAGACCAACCCUUUCAAAGUGAAUUGUAGGUAUCCCAGGGCCUUUUCACACGACUGGGUUGUGCGGCCCACAGCACACUUUUGAGAUGGAUGCUAGAGAUGACUUCAUCGAGGAUGGAGAAUGCCAUAGCAACAACUCACAGGAACCUGAAGAGCAAGACAGCACAAGCGACGACGGUGAUAGUGAUUUUGACAAAGAUGACUCCUCAAAUGCCUCUGCUGAUGACAGCAUGACGAGUAAUAAGAGCAGCCACGGCCCCAUACUACAUGAUGACGUCAAGGAGGAGAAUGAGGAGGGGACAGACCAGGGGAGCAGUUUUGUAUGUCCUCUUUGUUCCCUGGAGUUCAAUAGCCCAGAUCAGCUCAUCGCUCACGUCUACCAGCACACAGCUGUUGGUGGCAGUAAGAGUUAUGUCUGUCCUGUUUGCGGAAGAGCACUUAGUUCUCCAGGCUCUCUUGGUCGACAUCUUCUCAUCCAUUCAGAGGACCGAUUGUCCAACUGUGCCGUAUGUGGGGCUCGCUUCACAGACACCAACAACUUCAACAGGGAAAAGUUGAAGGAGUUCCUUGACACAAGUAGUAUAGAGAUCAACAGUGAGGGUGAGGCCUGUGCCAUGUCCGAUUCUUUACCCAGAAGCACUAUGUCUAACCCAAACACAAGUCCUGGUCCUGGACUGACCUCAUUGCCAGAUGGUCUUCUCUCUUCUGCACCUCCUCUUCCCCCACUCUCUGACAGCCUCAGUACUCAAAACACAGGACUUCCACCUUUUCCAGACCUCAUGAACCCUAUGCCUGUGUACCCAGCUGGGGUUUUGUUGGUCUGCAACAGCUGUGUAGCCUACCAGCAAAUUGUGGAUGCCCAGUCGCCGUCCAUGCGGAAAUGGGCAAUCCGUAGGAAGAAAGAACCUGUAGAGGUGCGGAUGCAGCGGCUUGAACGUGAGCGAACGGCCAAGAAGUCCAAGCGAGCAUGUGAGUCACCAGAGGAGCGGGAGAUGCGCCGCUUACGAGACCGUGAGGCAAAGCGGCUGCAAAGGAUGCAGGAGACUGACGAUCAACGGGCACGUCGUCUGCAGCGAGACCGGGAAGCCAUGCGACUCAAGCGGGCCAACGAGACGCCUGAGAAGAGGCAGGCACGGCUUAUCCGUGAGAGGGAGGCCAAGAGGCUAAAGCGACGCUUGGAGAAGAUCGACCCAUCCCUGAGAAACCAGAUCGAGCAUGACCCUGCUGCAAUGGCUGCGCUCACUGCUGAUAUGAGUCUAUUCCAGUUUUCCUUUCCCAUGUCCGUCCCUUCCAUGGACAAUGGACUGUUUAUGAAGCUUCCCUAACAAGCACAGCUCCAAACACCUCUCAGCUCAACAUUCAAGAAGAAUUUGCCAUUCUUAAAGAAUAACGAUCUUGAACAUAACGUUGAUGAGAAGGAGGUGGUCACCCUGACAGCGAUUUGCAGUGAUGUAGGCACCAGAUGUCUUUUAUUUUCAAAGAGAGAUUUGAAGCAACAUGAUAGACCAUGAGUUGCAAUGCAACAAUGUUGAUCAGAGUUCAGCUUUAUGCAGAUAGGCCGCUACACACAUGGAGACUACCAAUGGGUGAGUGGACAGCAAAGUUCAGAUGUUAUGCUGCCUGUUAAACUUGGAUAUUGCAGUUGAGUACAAAAGUGGUUCUACAGGAUAGACAAGGCAGGCAAUUGCAUACCUAACGGUAACUGAUUAGAGUAGUCAUCAGUAAGAAGACAAACUUUCUGAAAACUAGAGCUUGGCAAUGUUUAGUAGGCUACAAUGACAUAUUUGAAAAUCUCUCUAGGGGGCUUCAUCCCUACAGAGGAAAGAGGAGCCUGCAACACCAGAGUCCCUUACAAUCACAAACAGUCAAGUAGGAACACCUACUAGGAA